AUGACUUGGAUAUCAAAACGAGAGGUCAUCAAACAUUUCCUCAAUUUCCCCGUCAAACUCAAAGCUGUCAGGAUCUUCGUCAUCUCCAAGUUCCUCCUCCCCUAUUUCAUCACAUUCGUCUUCGGACUCAGACUCACCAAUUUGGUCGUCAUCCAAGUAUAUCCUGGGAUCGAGAUAUCCCCGGAACCCAUCAACCCCUCGGAUAUCUCUUUUACUCAGAUUUCUCGUCUUGUUGUCUUCUUUUUGGCUUCCGCUUUCAAAGUCGUGGGUGCCACAGCUAAACCUGGCAGGAAUAGGUUAUGGGACAUGGCACCAUCAGGCUUGGUCAAGAGAGCACCCGCCAAGGUCCUCGGGGAGACGGAUGGCCUUCUUUCUACUAUCUGGUGGCAAGACCUCGUGCGUGAUUUCAAAUUACUCUCAGAGUCCGAAAUCCGUGCACCAUGCAAAGUGGGCGCUGCUUUCACCACGGUCUCAGGCUGUGUCAACCCUUUUGAAUAUUUAUUAUGGCUUCGAUCGGAGCUCGAGUCUCGUGGCGUCGUGUUCCAUCGGCAAUACAUAAGGAGCUUGGAUGAAGUCCAGCCUCUUGUGGGGAAAACCGGGUUGUUGGUCAAUGCCACAUCUCUCGCUUUCCUCCUUGGAACUCGUCCGGACCUGCCCAGUGUCGGGGCCAGUGAGAUCACUCGCAUGCGCGCGGUCCGGCACUUUUAUGAGCGGAUGACUCAAACCCCAUCAUUAGAAGAACUCACCGUACAACAGCCUUGCCAGGUUCAACUCGACAAAAUCGAGUUUAGAAUUCCUUUACACACUCUGGAUAGAAACCAAUCAACUACUUAUGUGGACCGCUCUCACUCCGAAUCAGAUUGCCGCAUAGACAUACUCGACUCAAUUAAGGCCACGAUGGAUGUCUCAAAGACAUAUCAACACUUGGGGUGGCGUUUGUCUACCGCCCGCCGCUUAGACCCACCUCAUCGACUUUUAACAUCGCAUGAUCUUGAUAGCGCUUUCAAGGCUGCGAGGACAGAAUAG